GCCAUGUCGUUGAGCCCCAAGCACACGACGCCCUUCUCCGUGUCCGACAUCCUGAGCCCCAUCGAAGAGACCUACAAGAAGUUCGGCGGCGGCGUCAUGGACGGCGCGCCUCCCGGCCUCGGGGCGCCCCUGGGGGCCGCCGCCGCCGCCUACCGCGCGCCGCCGGCUGGCCCCUCCUCGCAGGCGGCGGCCGUGGCGGGCAUGCAGCCGCCCCACGCCAUGGCCGGACACAACGCGGCGGCGGCGGCGGCGGCGGCUGCUGCGGCGGCGGCGGCGGCGGCCGCCACCUACCACAUGCCCCCCGGCGUCUCGCAGUUCCCGCACAGCGCCAUGGGCAGCUACUGCAACGGCGGCCUGGGCAACGUGGGUGAGCUGCCCGCCUACACGGACGGCAUGCGGGGCGGCGCGGCUGCCGCGGCCACCGGCUGGUACGGCGCCAACACGGACCCGCGCUACUCGUCAAUCUCCAGGUUCAUGGGGCCGUCGGCGGCGGGCGUGAACGUGGCUGGCAUGGGCUCGCUGACCGGCAUCGCGGAUGCUGCCAAGUCCCUGGCGCCGCUUCACGCGGCCGCGCCGCGAAGGAAGCGCCGAGUGCUCUUCUCGCAAGCGCAGGUCUACGAGCUGGAGCGGCGCUUCAAGCAACAGAAGUACCUGUCGGCACCCGAGCGCGAGCACCUGGCCAGCAUGAUCCACCUGACGCCCACGCAGGUCAAGAUCUGGUUCCAGAACCAUCGCUACAAGAUGAAGAGGCAGGCCAAGGACAAGGCGGCGCAGCAGCUGCAGCAGGAGGGUGGCCUGGGCCCCCCGCCGCCGCCUCCUCCUCCGCCGCCGCCGCCGUCGCCGCGCCGCGUGGCCGUACCCGUGCUGGUGAAGGACGGCAAGCCGUGCCAGAACGGCGCGGGCACCCCGACGCCUGGCCAGGGCGGCCAGCAGCCGCAGGCCCCGACGCCGGCCGCGGAGCUGGAGGAACUGUCGCCCAGCCCGCCCGCUCUGCACGGUCCCGGGGGCGGUUUAGCGGCUCUGGACGCGGCCACCGGGGACUACGGCGGAGGCGUGCUCGGCGCCAACCUGCUCUAUGGCAGGACGUGGUGA